AUGAACCCCAUAAACCUCGCACUUGGAGCCAUCAACCUCCCCAUCCUGUUUUCAACCUGCUUGGACAUCAUCGAGAAGAUCGACGACUACAGGCAUUUUAGCGCUGAUGAGCGUGCUUUGGCCAUUCAGUUCGCAUCCCACAGACUGCGUUUCAAGAAGUGGGGGAAAGCUCUUGGGCUGAGUCGAGAGACGAUAGAUCUCUCUGAAAGGCGGCACGAAGCUCUCACAGAUCCGGACACGCUGCAAACUGUGCGCCAAAUUAUCAACGCGGCUCAUGAAAUUUUGAACAAUCAGCAGGGAAAAAUAAGCCAAGAUGGAAGUAAUCGGCGGAAUGAGCCGAGUACUGAGAAUGGUCCUUCUUUCACUAGAAAUUUGGUCGAGCUGCCUCGAACGACCACCAAAUCAAGAGUGGCGAAGCUUGCAUGGGCACUGAGAGGCAAAAGCAGACGGGAGGGACAAGUAGAGCUAUUUGGGCGACUGAUCCAGCACCUAUACCAUCUGGUUCCCAUCGACGCCUUGCCACAGCUUAUGAUAGGACUUGCAGUUCAGGAUGGCUCGCAGACUGUGGCUGGCAAUGCGUCUUGGGCUUCCGAAAUGAGGACUGUCCUUAAAAAACUAGAAGACAAGGCAGAGACAGAGAUACUGCGUGAGUUACACACCUGGUUGUCUCAGCACCCAUCCAAUGAGAUUUUUGAAGAGGCUCUGCAGGCGAGACUUGACGAUACCUGUGGUUGGAUCCUCGAACGGCCAAUUUUUCAGCAAUGGUUCUCUCUCCAAGAAGACGAGGCAAAAUCCAAAUUGUUAUGGAUCAACGGGCCUGCUGGAUUUGGGAAGACCAUACUCCGUGCCGGAAUAGUCGAGCAUCUAUUGGCAACAGCUCAAACCCCCGUGGCUUACUUUUUCUUCUCGUCUGACUUUGAGAGCCGAAAUGAUCCAUACGAGGCCAUUCGAUGUUGGAUCUCUAGCGUCAUGUUUCAGAAUAAGAUUAUCUUUGACUGUGUACGCAUGAGUCGAGAGACUCAUCUUGGAUCCGUAGCGACUCGGACUGUCACUAUGCGACUAUUACAAGAAAUAGUCCACGUUCUUCCAGGAUGUAUCUUCAUAAUUGAUGGACUUGACGAGUGCACUUGGCUGGGAAAAGAGAGCAUCCGCGCCACUGACUCUAUAACACACUUUUUGGAGCAUCUAGAUCAUGCAAUUGCCGACUCAGCGACAAGAAUCAUCAUCACUAGCAGAGAUGAGCCCAUAAUUCGAGCUGGCAUUCAGAACAUGGAGAGCGCGAUACUUGAGCACAGAAUCAGCCCAGAUGAUAUCAAUAGCGAUAUUCAGAACUAUUCCAGAAGUAUCGUUGAGAAAAAGUUGUUUAAGAAAAGCGAGAUGAUUAAGGACGAGAUAUCUCAAAAAAUGGCAACGCAGUGCGCCGGGCAGUUUCUUUGGCUGAAGCUGCAGGAAAAUUCUUUACGAGGAUGGAAAAAUUUGAAACAGCUACAAGACACGAUUGAUAAAACUCCUUCUGGUUUAGAAGGUCUGUACCAAAGGAACUGGGCCAGAAUGUCACAACUUCCGGAAGAUGAGAGAACCCGAGCUUUCACACUUCUUCGCUGGGUUACAUUUGCUGCAAGGCCUUUGACAGUCGCUGAACUUACAGAAGCCGCACUGAUCAGUAUCGACUUCAAUGAAUAUCCCCUGGACGAUCUUCCAGACACGAUUGACGACGAAUAUAUUAACAGCGAAAUACUCGGCCUUUGCGGCUCACUUUUGAACAUUUACGAAAACUCGUUGGAUUCAGGAUCGAGUACUGUGCGACUCACUCACUUUUCUAUAAAACAAUACUAUCUCUACCAAGACCCACACUCUAGAAGCAUUCUUAUCCAAAACGAACAUUUGAGACAUUCCAACGAAAAAAGAGAAAACACUACUAUCGCACAAAUCUGCCUUCGAUAUAUCCAAUACGAAGAGGCAUGGGGAUUAUGUGCUUCAAAAGAUUCAAGUCAGGUACAGGGAUCCUUUAGAGAUUAUGCAGCGGAAUUUUGGUCUCACCACGCCCGAGAGGGUGAUGAAGAGGAUGUGUUGAUGAAUAGAUUUAUAGAUGCGUUAUUCGAUAGUCAUGAUUUGACUAAUUGGGAACGUUGGAGAGAGCAUUACGACUCGAAAGAAAAGAGUAGAGCGGAGAAGUCGACGGAAGACAGCAGGAGUGAAGACGCAAAUAAAAACCAGGAAAAUCUUACGUCCUUUAAGCAACCCAGCCCAUUAUUCUAUGCAACAAAGCUCAACUUAACGAACCUUACGCUGAGGUUAAUCGAUAAACAUUCGGAUCAUCUAGAUGAUAGAUCUCUUUUUGGAGAAACUGCGCUUGCUGCAGCUUGCAGUAACGGCAACGAACAGAUUGCUCAAUUAUUAAUAUCAUCCUGUGCAGAUAUCAGCUUGGCAACUUGGAGCGGACAAACUCCUCUACAUCUGGCAGCUCGCAAUGGUCACUUAAGUCUGGUUCGACUUUUGCUAGAGAGCGGGUCGGAAGUCAACAGCGUCGACUCGUGCAAGGCCACGCCUCUACACAGCGCAGCAGAAGCAAAACAGACCGAGGUAGCUAAGCUGCUUUUACAAUAUGGGGCUAAUGUCAUAGCUGUUGAUGAAAACGGGCACCCUCCCUUGUAUUUCCCUCUCGAGAGAAAUGAUAUCAGCAUGGCACGCUUGCUUAUUGCCGCAGCCCCAGAUCAGAUAAAACUGGCGGGAAAGUAUUAUAAGUGGCUGCCACUUCACUUUACAGCUCAAUUCAACAUCUUGGAAUCUACGAGGCUCCUCCUUGACUAUGGAGCUGACCCCGAUCUUGUUAGCGACCUAGGGAGCACCGCUCUAACACUUGCUGCUCAUCUCGAUAGCAGUGAGAUAGUCCAUCUGCUUAUUGAAAAAGGGGCUGACGUGAACAUACGAGAUAGCGGCGGUAUAACAGCUAUGAUCUUCGCAGCUUGGAACAAGAACUCUGAGAUAGUUCAGGUGCUGGUAGAAAAUGGAGCCAAUUUAGACACGAUUGAUGAUAAUGGUCUCUGCGCAUUACACUACGCGGCUGUCAGCGGCUCAGUGGACUGUGUCCGGGUUCUCCUCGCCGCAGGAGCCAAUCAAGAACUUUUAACAGAUUAUACUGGAUGCUCACCUCUUUUUCUUGCGUCAGACCGUGGACAGACUGAAAUUGUCCGGUUGUUGCUCGAAAAUGGUGCAGACCCUGAGAUCAAGACUACUGAACACGAAACACCAUUAUGCACGGCUAUUGCGGGGUGCCAUGUUGAAGUCGUGAGCAUUUUGCUCGAAAAUGGAGCGGAUUACGCUGCAGUCAUCUGUCGCUCAGCUCUAAUUCCAUCAGUCUUUGCAGCCAGCCUCGGACAUAUUCGAAUUCUCGAGGUCCUCCUUAGCUAUGGCGUCGAUAUUUCUCUUCCAACUCCAAGUGGGAUCACUCCACUGAUGGGAGCGUCAAAGGCCCUUCAGCUGGAUACUAUGCGAUUUCUAUUAGAUAAAGGGGCUAAUGUCGCCGCCAUUGACAACAGAGGCCGCUCUGUGCUGUUUUAUGCCGCUGAGGAGGGUGGUUCAGAUGCAAUAAAGCUUCUCCUUUCGGGUGGCGCUAAUGUCCUUGCAAUUGAUCAAGAUGGUUGGACAGUUCUUCACUUUGCGGCUUUCAGAGGGCACGCAGAUGUCGUUCGUAUGCUGCUUGAAGCAGGAGCUGAUGGACAUGCAGCCAUUUCGCGUGGAUAUACGGCUCUGUUUUAUGCGGUGGAAGGCGGGCAUAUCGAAACUCUACACGUCUUACUAGAUGCGGGUUUAACAAUUUUGGAUCAAGCUGGGGAUAACAUACUACAUGUGGCAUCCUUAUAUGGACAAUAUGAGGUCAUCAAAGAUCAGCUGCGCACAUCUGACCAAGGAACCAUAAACCAAACAGAAGCUGAAGGACGAACACCUCUCUUCAACGCCGCAAUGCGCGGAUACGGUGAUAUAGUUGAGUUACUACUUUCAAAAAAUGCUCAUGUUAACAAACGAGACCGUUAUGGCUCUUCAGCAUUAUUCGCUGCGGUGCGAAAUCAACAUUUGGAGGUUGUAAAGCAGCUGUUGGCAAUAGAUCAAAUUGUACUUGACUAUGAAGAUGGCUUUGGACGAACAAUCUCUUCUUGGGCGCACAGAAGCAAAAAUGAAGAGUUGAUCAAGCUUGUGGACUUUGCAGCUGCUGAAAAGAAACUGGAGGUUCAAAGCCAUAUUGACACUUCAGCUCCAUCGAAAAAGUAUGCUUUUGAUCCGAACGCUCCUUGGUGUGAUAUUUGCACGCGAUGUAUUCAGCUUGGUGCGAGAUCCUUCAAAUGCAAAUUAUGUGCAGAUUUCAUAAUCUGUUCAGAGUGUGCCACUGCCGGGCUGAAGUGUCGGGAAACCUCGCAUGAAUGGAUAUCGAGAUCUUGA